AAAGCAAGAAAAACCCCCAAACAAGUCACGUGAAAAACGCUCAGUUGGGAUUAAGCCACAUUUUAGACCCUGUUACAGUGUGUGCAGGGAGCCAUGGCUGCAUCAGUGAAUCCUCUGAAAAGCCUCCGAGAUGAAGCUACUUGCUCCAUCUGUCUGAGUUUUUACAAGGAUCCCGUGUUUUUGGAUUGCGGGCACAGUUUCUGCCGAGCCUGCAUCACCCAGUGCUGGGAGGGAUCAGAUACAGCCACCUCCUGCCCUCAGUGCAGAGAGACCUUCCCCCAGGGGACCAUAAAGCCGAACAGACAACUGGGGAACUUUGUAGAAAUAGCCAAGCAGCUGAGUGUCCCAGCAGCAGCAGGAGGUUUGUGCCACGUGCACCAGGAGCCUUUCAAACUCUUCUGUAACCAGGACCAAGUUCUCAUCUGUGUGAUCUGCAGGGAGUCCCAGGCUCACCGCGCUCACUUGGUGGUCCCCACAGAGGAGGCUGCCCAGGCCUACAAGGAACAAAUUCACACCCAAUUGAACACACUGAAGAAAGAGAGAGAAGAACUUCUGGAGUGGAAACGGGAGGGAGAGACGCAAAGCCAGGAAUAUCUGGGAAAGAUAGAAGCUGAGAGGCAGAAGAUUGUGUCUGAAUUUGAGCAACUGCGGCAAUUCCUGGAGGAACAAGAGCGACUCCUGCUGGCCCGGCUGGAAGAAUUGGACAAGGAAAUUGUGAAGCUACAGGAUGAAAAUGUCACCAAACUGUCUGAGGAGAUUUCCCGACUCAGUGACUUGAUCAGUGAGAUAGAAGAGAAGUGUCAGCAGCCAACAAGACAAUUCCUGCAGGACAUCAGAAGCACCUGGAGCAGGUGUGAGAAGCUGAAGUUCGAGAAACCAGUGGCAGUGCCAGAGGACCUGAGAGAGAGAGUCGGCGUCUCUUCCCAAAGAAAUGUUUGUCUGCAGGAGACUCUGAAGAAAUUCAAAGAGACCCUGCCCUAUCAACUGAGCUUUCUGAUCUCAAAGGCGGAGAAAGAUGUGCAGGCCACUCUGGAUCCAGAUCUGGCAAAUCGCUGUUCCAUCAUAUCCACAGAUGAGAGUGUGAUAUACAAAUACCAACACACAAAAUCUCUGGAGAAACAGAACAGGUUUUACCCUGCUGCCUGUGUGCUGGGCUCUAAGGGCUUCACCUCAGGGAGAUGUUACUGGGAAGUGGAGGUGGGGAACAAACAUCUUUGGGUUUUGGGCAUUGCCAAAGAGUCUGUGACACACGAGGGAGCGAUAAGCUGUACACCAGAGGAGGGGGUCUGGGCUUUGCAGAGUACAGGGAAUGAGUACUGGGCCCUCACCUCCCCUAAGACUGCUCUGGACCUACAUCGUAGCCCCAGUAACGUUGUGGUUUAUCUGGAUUAUGAAGGGGAGAAAGUUACAUUUUAUGACGUUACAUCUUCUGGCAGAGAGCCAAUCUUUACUUUCACAUGCUCUUUCACUGGGAAGAUCGUCCCCUUCUUUGGGAGCCGGUGUGUCAAAUAUCGGAAACAAUUUGUUGGUUAUCACUAUGAUCUAUUGGAUUAAAACUGUGACGGAGGAGUGGGUAUCACACUCAAUAUGAGAUAUCUAAUAUAGAGCAAAGAUGUGGGAAAUAGAUAAAUUAUGGCUAUCACACAUUGCCAGCCUAUGAAAAUGAUGUGUCAGGCUCCCCAAAAUCAUGUCUCUCUUAAUCCUUUUCUACACAAACAUGAAGGCUGGAAAUGUAUCUGUAAUAUAAUCUGAGCUCCCUCAAAUCUAUCUACUCCAGCAGCUGGGAUUGUAAGAAAAACACUGAGUGCUGCAAGACUUACAAUAAAUUGGUGAUGAGAGAGGACAAGAUUGAAUUGCUCAGCAUUAUACUGGUGACAGGAGUUUCUCAACCCUUUUCCAUGCCUGUCUCUGUAACUCUGUGAUCCUCCAGGCACACACAGACUGGCCAACCAGGAGCCACUCCCAGGGUCACAGCAGAGCCUGCCUGUCUUAGGGCAGGUCUACA